UUCCACAACAUCUUCAUCCCCCAUGUCAUAAGACCGCUCAUGUCGCGGUGGCAGCCCGGCUGUCGGUUCACUCACCUCUGCCUCCCAGCUCGGCCAGCCGGGCUCGCUUGCCUGCCUCCUCCUCUGGCCGCCUCCACGACGCCCUCCGGCUUCUCCUCUCGCACCCCGCCUGGACCCCAGUCUCCGCGCCCUCUCCUAUCCGUUUGCCAGCCUCCCUCAAGCCUCCAGCCUAGGUGCCCUCCUUUCCUCCAGCUUCUCGGUUCCCCGUGUCCUCGUCUGCCUCUCCCCCUCCUUCCACCCGCCCUCGCCUCGAACCUCAUUUUCUACUCUCAGCGUUGCGUUUGGCGUCCGUUCUGUCUCCCACCGUUACAGCUCAACUCCCAAUAAUUGCCCCCCUCCCAUACAUACGACAAUAGUCACUUUACAUGGACACUGAAGUCUAUUGCAUUGAGUAAGUGUUACUAUCUGCACUAUCAUAUUGUCUGUGUCACUACAUCCCGCUGCUACAUAUAAUUUUUCUGUUUGCUGCUACAUUUCCAAAACAAGUCACAAUUUCUUUUUUUUAUUCUGCUUCUGUUUCCUUCUAUAUUUUUAGUCUAUUUUAUAUUGCAUAUACUUAUAUUUAUGUUUUUCUUUUACUUGUCUUAGUUUUUUUAU